AUGAAUUCAUCUCGCCGCGAAUCACUCGAAGAGCCACACCUUGCUUCUACAGGAGGUGAUGUACGAGGCUCAACGGCAGUCAAAGCCACUUGCUGCAUACUUCAGCAGACGUUCGGGCCCGACCAGCUCAUCCUAUCUGACUCCCCGUUAUACGCGGCCAGCAGGUCCAGGUACUGGUCCGCUCAACAGGCCUCCGUACAAACUGUAUGCUUUCUGCUUCCAAAAUCCACGCAUGAGGUCCAAAGUGCCCUCAAAGUCCUGCUGCAAACCAGAUGCCCUUUCGCUAUCAGGAGUGGCGGGCACACUCCAUACGCAGGAGGAUCAAGUAUUCACAAUGGCAUCACAUUGUCCCUGGAAAAUAUGAACCGUGUCUCAGUCAGCGAGGACAGAACCACUGUCUCCAUCGGGCCUGGCUGCAGAUGGCUAGAUGUUUACGACACACUGGAGCCAAUUGGGUUGACGGUAGUAGGAGGUCGUGUCGCAAGUGUUGGCGUGGGAGGUCUCAUUCUAGGAGGUGGAAUAUCCUUCCACAGUAACCUACAUGGAUGGGCAUGUGACAAUGUCGUUAACUUUGAGGUUGUUACUGCUGGAGGUGAUAUUGUGAACGCAAACGAGACCACAAAUCAAGACUUGUUCUGGGCUCUCCGUGGAGGGGGAAACAGCUUGGGGGUGGUCACGAGGUUUGAUGUGAAGGCCUUUCCACAGGGACGAAUGUGGGGUGGUAAUAGGUACCAUCCACUUUCACAAUCUGCUAAGUUGAUCCAACAAAUGAUCGCAUUCGGAGAACGUGGCGUUGUCGAAGACCCAAAAGCCAGCUUGAUUAUCGGCUUCGCGUGGACCGAAGCCACGGGAUACUUUAGCAGUGUUUCACUGCAGCAUACAGAUGCAGAUUCGGAUAGUGACAGUCCGAAAGUAUUCCACGGGUUAUUGAACGUACCCGAAGUUCUCGGCGACAGUUGUUCAAGCAGGACGUUGAGUAAUCUCACCAUGGAACUCGACGGAAUCAGCAGUGGAGACGGGCACAAAAUGCGGCAAAGCUUUUGGACAUUCACUACCUAUCUGGAUGAGAAUUUGUUGUCAGAAAUUGUUGAAUUAUUUGUGGAGGAAUCAAAGGCACUCACCCAUGUCAAGGGUAUUCUCUCAGGAGUAGGAUUGCAAGUCAUCAGUAUGGGUAUGAUCAAACACAUGACACAAGCUGGAGGCAACUGUCUUGGGCUUGAAGGAGAGACACGACCACUAUUACUUGCGAACCCAUCAGUGAGGUGGGAAAAUCAAGACGACGACCGACUCGUGCUGGACACUUACUGCAGAUUCGUCAAGAGAGCGCAAGAGUGUGCAACAGCACGAGGGCUGGGACACGGCUUUCUGUACAAAAAUUACGCCAGCCAGUUCCAAAAGGCUAAUAGCUACGGAGAAGACAACGAGAGGAAGUUAUUGCAAGUAAACAUGGCGUAUGACCCCAAUGGGCUAUUUAGAACUUUGGUGGCUGCUCAUAUAGGAUAG